AUGGAGAAGAAGCCUGGUCUUCAACAACCAAUCACAUCCAGUAUGGACUCAUUCCCCAAGCCCAUUGGGUCCCCUCUAUACAUAUCAUCUACAUCAUCAUCAUCGUCAUCACCUUUAUCAUCAUCACACUCAAUUGUAAAUAAGUCCCGUUCAUUCUCUAUGUCAGUUGGUCAUCCAUCGCCUCCACCUCCAAUGACAUUAUCCAAUCGCAAGACAUCGGAUACUCCACCACCGACCCAACAUCCACAGUAUAAACCACCACUCCAGCGACAACAGAGCACAGAGUUGGUCAACUCUCCAGAGACAAUGACACGAGGAACAAUAAGCUCCUCCAGUUCGAGCACCAACCUUAGCAAGCUUUCUAUUGCCAAUGAUGCGACAUGGAUGAUGAUAGUUUCUAACUGGGAGGAAUGGUCUGGACGCCACUUUCGUCCAAUGUUCACCAAGUAUGUCUAUCAGGGCAUACCCGAUCACUUCAGACCUGCCAUUUGGAUACAGCUAUCAAACAUGAUCAAACCAAAGGCCAUCAUACCUACAUGUACAGAACUCACACUCAAAUACAAGAUGGACAGCAACAGACCAUUGAACAUACAUGCACUAUCGACCACCUCCACCUCUGUCCCCACCGCUGGCCAGUCCUUCACACGAGCGCGUUCCUCUUCUUUGGCCAUCUCUCCUCCAACAUUGUAUAAUACCAACAGACUACCAGCAUCACCAUUCACCAACUCUCCACCCAUUCUCACCAACCUUGAGCCGCUCCCCACCAAGAUACACAAAUGCUUCUACUCCGACAUACUCAAACAUACAUCCGAGUAUGAGGAGCAGAUCAAGGUCGAUGUCCAACGGACAUUCCCAGAUAUGCCAGAGGCACUUCGUGAUCACUACUCCAGUUCCCUAUGUCGUGUUCUAAAGGCUGUCUCACUCUAUGACAAGGAGAUGGGCUACUGUCAAGGCAUCUCAUUUGUUGGAAGCAUCAUCAUUACCAAGGUACCAGAGGAGGAGACAUUCCACAUUCUCGUCAGGCUUCUAGAAGGUGUCAUGCGUGACUUUUAUACAAUUGGAAUGAGAGGUUUGAAACUUCGAUUGUUCCAAUUGAGUAGAUUGGUGAGGGACUUGUUCCCAAAGCUGCACAGUCAUUUGGAGAAGAUUGACUUGGACUUUACAAUCUUUGCAUCACCAUGGUUCAUGACUGCAUUCUCUUAUCAUCUAUCAGAGGAGUGUGUUGUGCGAAUAUUGGACGUCAUACUGCUUCAAGGUAUUGAGGCCUACUUCUCUGUUGGCCUUGCAAUCUUCCAAAUGAUUGAGAGUGAUGUAAUUAAUUGCACAGACAGUGCACAGGUUAUGGACUACUUCCGAUCACAUGCCAAAGAGAAGAUAGACGUUGGCACACUUAUGGACAUUGCCAGUCGCAUUCAUGUCAGUUCCAAUCAACUUGAUGCGUUUGCUCAGCAAUUUGAGAUGGACAACAGCGGCACUCCUCAUAUUCCCACCACAUUCGACCCCAACAAGCAACCAAAGCAGAAGGCCAAGGAUCCAAAUUGGGUUGUCAAGAAGUACAAGCUACUGGAAAAGGUACACCACCUGGAGCAGGAGUUGGCCAACAAGAAGUUGGAGUUCUACCAUAUCACCAGGAAGAAUGAAGAGGAGAAGUUGGAGUUGGUGCGUCGACUACAACUGCUCUCAGAGAGGGAGUCCAGUCUAGUUGAACAAAACAGAGAGGCGACACUCAAAGGUCAACAACUUUUAAAGGAGAACGAGGUACUGAAAGAGAAGCUGUUGGAGUCCGAGAGAUGUAACAAUUACUUGGUGGACAACUUCAAUCAACUGAGAAAGAAUCAUCAAAAUAUAAAAUAA